AGAGAUCAGGACCAACGCGUCCGUACGCAGCUGAUCAGCAUAGCAGCACUCAAACUGCACUGAUCGCACUGAAGGGAUCUGAGCUGUCUCACACCAGAUUUUGGACUGAUCCAGGUGCAUACUCUCACCUACAAACACCAAACAUAAGAGCAGUGGCACCGACUCACAGUUGUAUACACAAUGUACUUGAACUCUUCUGGAGGUGAGAGUGGAUCUUACUCACUGACUUUCCUGGGAAAAAAAGUAGGGAGACAUCACUCUGUGGCCCCUGCAGGCAAGCAACGUGCCUGGGAGACAACUAACAGGCCUAACUGCCCUGAGGACCUUGUAGUGUCCUCGCGACCUGGACGGGUCACUGUCACAGCGCAGGUGCUGGAGGAUUUACCAGGCAGUGUACCAGAGCUUAAGGAUGAGAGGCCAUGUCCAGUAAUUCACAACACACAGUUUGACCAGUAUGAUGACAGCACAACAGGUAAAAUCAGAGUGUUCUGUCGGAUUCGUCCGGUGAACCGAGCCGAGGUUGCGCAGGGUGGAUCCAUCGUUGUGGAAAAAAUAGAUGAAUACUCUGUUACUGUGGAAACCCCUCGUGGGCAGAGGGAGUUUCAGUUUGACAAGGUGUUCAGUGCAGAAGCCUCUCAGGAAGACCUGUUUCAUGACACCAACAGGUUGAUCCAGUCGGCUAUGGAUGGCUAUAAUGUCUGUAUCUUUACGUAUGGUCAGACGGGCUCAGGGAAGACCUUCACCAUGGUGGGGGACAAGGAACAGAAGAACCCAGGAAUCAUGCCGAGAUCUUUUAAUGCCAUAUUUGAUAUCAUACGGGAGAGCAGCUCUAAAUUCGAUUUCAAGGUUUCGGCCUAUAUGCUGGAGCUGUACAACGACAUGCUGCAGGACCUCUUUGUGAGCCUGGCUGGUGAGGCCCAUGCACAGCCCCAGUCCCAUGGCCAGGCGAGGCGGGUGGAGAUCAAGAGAAACAGAAAGGGGGUUGUGUUCGCCCAAGGAGCAGAGACAAAAGAGGCUUCCAGUGCCCAGGAGCUCUACGCUCUGUUCCAGCAGGCCUGUGCCAACCGACACAUCUCUGCCACCAAGAUGAAUGUGGAGAGUUCCCGUUCGCAUCUGAUUGUUUGCAUCAUGGUGGAGAGCAGAAAUCUGACCAAUGGGAGCGUGAGCACCGGGAAACUGAGCCUCGUGGACCUGGCGGGGAGUGAGAGAGCAGCCAAGACAGGUGCCAAGGACCAUCAGCUAAAGGAGGCUAACUCCAUUAACAAGUCACUGAGUGCCCUGGGUGAUGUGAUCUCAGCCCUGUCUGCUGAACUACCCCAUGUACCAUACAGGAAUAGCAAGCUAACACAGGUGAUGCAGGACUCCCUGGGUGGAAAUGCCAAAACCCUCAUGAUUGUCAACAUCUCUCCUUCAGAAUGUAACCUCGAUGAGACGCUCACAUCUCUCGUUUACGCAACAAGAGUGAAGGCCAUAACCAACAAUGCUCAGAGACAUGUCGACAGCAAAGAGAUUGCCCAGCUGAAAGAGGUGAUCAUUAAGCUGAGGUCAGGACAGACUGUGGAAGACGAGGACGUUUGA